AUGACUUUGAUUGCCUUGGGCGCAGCAUCGACUUCCGAUGAAGCUUACCAGCUCCCACUUGACCAAGUUGUAAACUUGAACGACAUUUUCAACGACGCAAACGUCAAAAUUGUAACCUCUGGGUCGACUCCCACUACGGUCAUUGGCAAAGACCACAGCAGUAGAGGCAUUCGCCAAGACAAUACGCCCCCAGAACAACAUGUCGACGACGCUUAA